AUGGGCUUUUGUAAGAUUAGGGGAGUUGGAGUGUGUGCAGUGCUUAUAUUUUUGAUAUGCACUGUCCACUGCACAACUACAAAAUAUUUCACCUAUGAAGAGGAUGCGCCCGGGACAGAGAUAGGAAACUUGUCCCAAGAUCUAAAGAUCGAUCCAGCUGAUGACCCAGACACAUCCUUCCGCUUCAUGCAAGAACCAAACGCGUCUGUGAUUCAAAUGAGGGAGAAUGAUGGACUUUUGACUGUUGGAGAGACAAUUGACCGGGAGCAGCUCUGCCCCAGGUCCCCGCGUUGCUUCAUCACCUUCGACAUUGUGGCCUUCUCCAAAGAAAAGUUUCAGCUCAUCCACGUCGAGAUCGAGGUGAAAGACAUCAACGACCAUUCGCCGGUGUUUCCGCGCAAUGAGACGCACCUGGAGAUUGUAGAAAAUGUCCCGCUGGGCUCACGAUUCCCAGUGGAAAUUGCGCUUGACCAGGAUGUGGGUAAAAACUACAUACAGAGCUACAACAUGUCUCCCUCCAGUCAUUUUGUGCUUGAGGUGCGCGACAGAGAGGAUGGGGUGAAGUUUGCAGAGCUGGUGCUGGUGAAAGAGCUGGACAGGGAGGCGGAGGACUCCUACACAGUUGAAGUCACCGCAGCUGACGGGGGAGUGCCACCAAAGUCUGGUUCAGUGACUGUAAAUAUCAAAGUGAUGGACUUCAAUGACAACAGCCCCACGUUUGAGCACAACUCCCUGAAAGUGGAGCUUAAUGAGGACUCUCCAGUGGGUCACCGUGUUUUCAAAGUGCACGCUUUCGACCCCGAUGCCGGCGUGAAUGGUGAGGUGGUGUAUGCGUUUGUUGAGGGGCCAUCAUCUAAAGCAUCACGCAUUUUCAACAUUGACCCUUACUCCGGUGACGUGACCUUGAAGGCUUUGGUUGACUUUGAGCAGAAGAGGUCAUACGAGCUCAUUAUCCAAGCCUCCGACCUGGGCGCAAAUCCCGUCCCGUCUACCUGCAAAGUCCUGGUAGAAAUCGUCGACGUUAAUGAUAACGCGCCUGAAAUCAACAUCAAACCGAUGACUUCCAGCAGUGACGGGGUUGCCUAUAUCACAGAGGCUGCGGCUGCGGAGAGCUUCGUGGCUCUAAUUAGCACCUCGGACAGAGACAGCGGCUCCAAUGGCUACGUGCGCAGCAGCUUACAGGGACACGCACAUUUCAAACUCCAGGAGGCCUAUGGCGACACCUUCAUGAUUGUAACCACGACUACCUUAGACAGGGAGAGGAUCCCGGAGUACAACUUAACUGUGAUUGCAGAAGACCUUGGAAAUCCACCCUUCAAGACUGUCAGACAGUAUACUAUCCGUGUGACAGACGAGAAUGACAACCCCCCUCUGUUCAGUAAGCCGGUUUAUGAGGUUUCAGUCAUGGAGAAUAAUAUUCCAGGUUCAUAUGUAAGUACACUUGUCGCCCGUGAUCCUGACAUGGGAAGGAAUGCCAAAGUGUCUUACAAACUCAUAGAUGCAGAAGUAUCAGGAGGAGCUCCAGUAUCUACUUAUGUUUCUAUAGACUCACUUUCAGGAUCACUGUAUAGUUUGAGAUCUUUUGAUUAUGAGACUCUCCAGCAGAUUGAACUGACCAUCCAAGCAGAGGACACAGGCUCCCCUCCACUGUCCAGCACAUCAACAAUCAGAAUCAGAGUUGUUGAUCAAAAUGACAAUUACCCAUACUUCACUUUCCCUGCCCUUCACAAUGACACUGCUGAAAUCCCCCUGCCUUAUAAUGCACCUGCAGGCUAUCUCGCCCUUCGUGUCCAGGCUGAAGAUGAGGAUGAGGGGGUCAAUGGUGAGCUCUCCUACCGAAUUGUGCAAGGUGACCCAAAUCUUUUUACAAUGAACAAAGACACAGGAGAGAUUGCUUUAAAACAAUGGUUGACAGCUGAAAUUGGAGACAUGUUAGAAAUAAAAAUUGCGGUUAGCGACAAUGGCAGGUCCCCUCUUUCUAGUGGUGCAACUAUUAGGUUUGUCGUCUCAGACAAACAGCCCUCUGAAGACCAAGUUGUCAUUGUGUUGCGAUCAAGUGAUGAAGAAAACUCCGGCUUGGAUGUCUCACUAAUAGUCAUCAUUAUGCUCAGUGGGGGUUGUGCAUUGUUGCUGAUUGCAAUAGUGAUUGUUGUUGUCACAUGUAAGCUCAACCGCGAGGAGACAAGCCAUGGCUCCAAGACAGAAGUGUCUCGUGGCUUGUUUGACAAUAGGCCCAUUCCCAUGCUCGGCUCAACAGAAGCAAACAUAUAUAAACGCCAACAAGGCUUCUUCCAUGAGAGGACGGCUUCGUCUCUUGAUGAUUCGUGCCUGUACGAGGAGAGGAGUGGGGACUCAGAGACAAAGAUGUUCCUGCCCUCCAAGCAUUUCCAACCAACAUCUGUGUGGCAAGGUGACAAAUACUGCUUGCAAGUGAGUGGCAUCGGGAUCACCGACCAGUUGAGCGUGAAGGACAGUGGCAAAGGGGACAGUGACUUCAAUGACAGUGACUCUGAUAUCAGCAGCAAUGGAGGCAAGAAGAACUUCAGUACCUUCCAGCCGGGGCCAAAGAGCUCAUCCAAUGCUGGUAACAACUUAUCUGGGGACUGGCAAGGCACAUACUGCAUGAUACCAGCCCAGAGCUUCAGAGCCACCAGAGACAACGCAUACACAAUAGGCUUCUCCCCAGCGCCCAUCUUCAACAAUCCUCAUGCCUAUCCCCACCCUUGGAAAGACUCAGGGUACGGCACAAAUCUUCCCAAAAGUAGGAGCAACAUGCACACCUUCUCUAGAACUGGGACCCUCCCUUCCUACUUCCCUAAACAACAGCGAGAUGCCGCUGUUGGAGGGGGUGAAAUCUACAAGCCAAGUCCAGAUUUUGUAACAGUGGCAAAUGCAUUAGAGGUUGCAACUAUUUUUUAAUACAUUUUAUUCCUAAGUUCACUGAGAGAUCUAGACAAAAUGCUGAAAGGCAAAGAUGUAAAUAUUGUAGAAAAUUGGUUGUUGCCACACAGUCAACAGGUAUAUAUAUUUUCUCUGUGAUUAAAUUAAUUAUUUAAUGAACUUAUUU